AUGUAUUCGCAUGGAAGAACCUUGCGACGACAAAAUCACCAGCACACGCUGGCUAACGUCCUUCAAAGUGUUGCGCCUAGGGGCUACUCUGAUUCUGAUAUCUAUGGAUACGAGGCUCCCGCUUUGUAUCCACUUCAGUGCCGCACACCAGAGGAUGAGCUACCACAACCCAAAAUUGUAAUUUUUAACACGCAAGCAGUGAGUGCUUUACAGGAAAUUGUUAGAGCUGGUGGACGUCUUGUUGUUUCUUUACCGUCGACAGUACUUGAAGCUCGAUGUCGUUUGUGGGUUGAGGUCAGAAUGCUUCCAAGAUGCGUUAGGCUUGAACCGUUCAGCGUGCAGAAAAACAUCGAGAUUGAUUGCGAAAAGAAUCCCGAGCUUGAUGUUUGCACGAAAGAAGCGAACCCAGUUUGUAUGGAAAUACUUGAUGUACGAGGAAAACAAGGACACGUAACAAUUACUUGGUUCCCAGCAAAUCGUACUCCUCUAUACUAUCACGUUCGCUAUGGCCCAGCACAGAUGAAGGGUAAUCCUCCUUUUGUAACGUGGCAGCUUGCAACCAAAAGGGACAUAAAGGUGGACGGCACCGUAACGAGUUUAAGCCUAGAUGUUGCCGAAGAUCAAGAUUUUGGAAUACAGGUUUGCGCCAUACUCACAACUCAUCGUAAACGGCCCAAGUUUGGACUAGUCAAGGUGACUCCAUUCCAAUGCACCAGCUGUAAUAAUAAACCAACCCUCGCCGUGGGACGCUGCGGUGAAUGUGGACGUAUUGAAGGAACAACGGUAGCCGAUGGAAGCUGGAAGGAUAUGGUAAGAGAAGCUGCAGUCGGACGAAAAGACCAAAAACAAGUUCAUCAACAGACGGUGUUCAGAAUGGAGACAGACUUGCUAGUGAAUGGACAUCCACGAGCUGCCGGUGCAAACACAAGCAUUGCUCAAACUAGUAACGUUGAUUUACCGAUUUUCCGUUCUGCACCUUCACAUUUCCAGUCAAAAAGGCGAAGCGCAGUUCAGUUAGGGAUUGUUUCGAUUAACCAAAGGGCAAGCGAUGUGCUAAGCACCCUCUUAAGCUGGUCAGUGCUAAAAAUCCUAUGA